UUGUCCUCUCUAGGGGAGUGUCAUAUGUUGCUGGUUGGGGACCCUGGCACAGGGAAGUCUCAGUUUCUGAAGUAUGCAGCUAAGAUUAUGCCUCGCUCUGUACUCACAGCUGGAAUUGGAUCAACAAGUGCAGGACUGACCGUAGCAGCGGUUAAAGAUGGUGGUGAUUGGCAUCUGGAGGCAGGAGCCCUGGUCCUGUCAGAUGGUGGUUUGUGCUGCAUUGAUGAAUUCAACAGCAUCAAGGAACAUGACCGCAUCAGCAUCCAUGAAGCUAUGGAGCAACAGUCUAUUAGUGUGGCCAAAGCUGGUAUGGUGUGUAAGCUAAACACUCGAACAACCAUCCUGGCAGCUACCAACCCUAAAGGCCAGUACAAUCCCAACGAGCCGCUGUCUGUGAAUGUAGCUCUGGCCAGCCCUUUGCUGAGUCGUUUUGACCUGGUGCUAGUUCUGCUGGACACCAAAAACGCAGAGUGGGACAACAUCAUCUCCUCUUUCAUUCUGGAGGACAGAGGACUGCCUGCUGAGUCUGCCAGCCUGUGGUCCAUGGAGAAAAUUAAGGCUUAUUUCAGUGUGAUUAAACGCUUGCAGCCGCAGGUGUCUGAGGAGGCCAACAGCAUCUUGACACGUUAUUACCAGCUGCAGAGACAAAGUGACUGCCGCAAUGCUGCCCGCACCACCAUCCGCAUGCUGGAGAGUCUUAGCAGACUGGCUGAAGCUCAUGCCAGGCUCAUGUACAGAGAGACGGUGACCAUAGAGGAUGCUGUGAUAGCUGUCUCUGUCAUGGAAUGCUCCAUGCAGGGCGGUGCUCUGCUCGGAAAUGUAAAUGCAUUACUCACCUCAUUCCCUGACGACCCCAGUCAGCAGUAUCAAAAUCAGUGUCAGAUACUGCUGGAAGGACUGAACCUGCCACUGCUUCUACAGAAGGAGAUGGACAGACAGGCCAAGCUGAAGAGCAACACCUCAGAGGCUUCCCAAUUUGACUCACCAGAUGACCAACAUCAACCCCAAGACACAAACGUCCUCAACAAAACACACUGCCUUGACAUCGCCAAUAACUGCAAGGGCGAUGUCAUGGUGGAGAGUGGCUUGGACUGGUUCCUCUCCAUCACUCCAUCACUGUUGCCAGAUGGUAUGACAUCAUCUAUAAUUAUAUCAGCUCAAGAAAACCUAAAUAGAAAACAAAGUUGGUCAGAAAUGUCUACAGUGACUAAACAGCCAAACUGUCAAACUAAGGACAUUCCAAGUAACACUGGCUCAUCAUUAAACCCUGAUGUAAUUUCAAAUCCUAUUGAAACAGUCCCCUGUGCUUCAGAAGAAAAUGGAAUAAGUGAGAAAAAUGAAAACGUCAAAGUAAAAAGCUUAAACCAUAAGGAGAUAAAGCAAUCUCAGAAACCAGAAGAUAAAAAACAUCCAGAUUCAAUGGGGUGUGUGAUUCAGAAAGUUUCUACGAAUCUGAGAGACAGAAGAAGGGAGCUGGAGCUGAAUCAACAGUCUGACAAAGCGGGAGGAGAUGGACAUGGAGAGAGGGUGGUGUCUGGAGAUGCGAGUAAAAUUGGGACUGAUGUUUUGAAUAUGACUUCAGAUUCCCACUCCAGCAGCACACUAUCAUCAGCUAAGAACUGCCUCUCAAAUAACUUGGUUCAGGAUAACCUGCUCUCUGGCCAAGAAAGUAGAUUAGAGAAUGAAGACGAGAGGGACCAGGCUAGGACGAAGAACAUCAGUACUGUACUGAAUGAAAAGAUGGCAGUGGAAGCUGAAACAGAAAAACAAUUGAAUGCAAAGUUAUUAGGCUUUAGAUUCAAACCAAGGAAGAUGAGACCAUUAGUCCAUAACCACAACUUUAAUGCCAGCCCAGAUGUCAGCACAGAGUUCCAAACUUAUUGUAACCCAGGCAGCGGAGAUCCUCACACCUACAAAGAAAGCAGAAUAAGUAAACAGAAGCCAGAUAGUCAUGACUCAGCUGUCCCACUUAUAAACACAGAGAAGAAUAAAAGAAAGAAAAGACAGAGCCAGUACCAAAAUCUUUUGGAAGGUGGAAAGCAGCUGAGCUGUGUCGGUGAGGUGGGAGAGAGAGGGUCUGAAGCCAGUAUUUCUUUUAGAUCAAAAGAGCUGGAUAAGUAUGACUUUUCCUUUGGAAAGGGCAAAUUGGCACAUGAAAAAACUGUGGGUCGAAUAAAGGGGAGUGAUGAUACAGAAAAUCUGUGUCAAAAACAAAGAACCAGAGUCAACCCCUGCAAUGAGACUAAUGUAGGUAGCUUUACUUGCGUCCAACCUUUAAAACCAACCACUUGCAUCAAUGAUCCAGCACCAUCCAAAUCAAGCCACACCAAGUCCACUCUGGCCCUUUCAACCCUGGCUAAACUCUCAAGUUUCUCGUUCAACUGCACAACUGAACUCCCGAUCACAGCUCAAACGAAAGUGGAAAAAAAUCCUACUGCAGUGGGAAAAAGUCCACUUAACAGACAUGGUGCUGAAUGCUCAAAAGCAAAUUCCAAAGACAAUAAAAUUCUAAAUCCUCCUGAAAACAGUCCCUUAUUAAGGAAGAUCAAUGCUGUAAUCACAGUGGGCAAAGUAAAGGACAUAUUACCUGACCCAGCCACAGAGCUCACACUAGGACAGGAACAUGAACAAGGGAAAGAGUUACCAACUGAAACCAAGUGCAAAGCAAAGCAGACAGAGCCUACUCAUGCUGCCAACCAUUUUCGUGUAAACAUGGUGAAUGAUGGUCCUGUUGACUAUGGAACAACUGCCAUUCUGAAGAAAAGAAAAUGUUUUGAGCUGGGUCCUCCACUGAGUAGUAUUGGUGGUUCCAAAGGUCCCUUCUCAGGACUGUCUCUGCCUGGCUUUGUUGAGUUAGGUAAUGAUGUUUUCGACACUGACUGGGACAAAGAGGUUUCAAAGAAAGCCAAAAUUGGAAGUCAAAACUGACUUGUGUGUAUAAAAAAAAAUGAAUUUGCCUAAUGUAUGAUUUCUGUAGUCUGUUGAAUCAUUCGAGAAUAUAUCUUGAACAACUUCAGUUUAUUACUUACUAACUACAAUAAAAGAGUACGUCAUAUUCUGUAUAUCUGCAUUAUUUAAUGUAAGCAUUGACUAGGAAGGGGUCAAAGGUGGUCAACCAGGAGUCAGUGGGUGACCGGAGAAAUGUCAAGGAAACCAUUCACAUCCGUUGCCAGAGAAAGACCAUCCAAGAUCAAGAAUUAAUUUCCUUGAUCAAGGAAUCACAUUUUUUUUUCUUAAAAUGUAUCUUUAAAAUUGUAUAAAUAAUGUUCUGUUUGUACUGUAUAAUUGUAAAUAAAGGUGUUUUGCUGUACACAAAGGUGCUUCACUGUACAUA